CCAAUCAGAUUCCUCCAUAUCCAGAAAUAAUGUCAACCCCAAUUUUCAAACUUUGGCGGCGGUGAAUUUCGCACGUAGAAAAAAUGGAGACCAGCCUGUCCAGACUUCUUGUUGGACUCUCUGUAAAAAUUAGCCGCAGUGAUGGUCGAGUGCACCUGGCCACGGUGAAGUCUGUGGAUUCCGCCAAGUCCACGGUUAUGGUUGAAUGGGAUGAGAGAAAAAUCACCCGUGGAAAGGAGGUUGAAGUGAAUGAGUUAUGCAUUCUCAAUCCAGAGCUUUUGGACCAUAUAAAGGCUGUCGCCAACCAUACUACUGAUCCACCCCUUCCUGCUCCAGACAAGAAGUUUGAGGGUCGGCUGCGCUCAUCCAGGAUUCCUGCCCCUCUGUCCUCCUCUACUGCAACAGUCGCCAAAGCUGAAGAGUCAGUUGUCAGUCGAUCUCAGACGAGGCAGACGUGUAUGUUCCAGCCCCCGGCCCCUGUUCCUGCACCAGUCUCCACCUCUGAGUCUCCACAGGCAAACCUGGAGGUGGUCCAACCCGAAGCCCCCUCUUCAUCAGUCCUCACAAACUCUGCGCUUCCGAAUCAGCAGCGUAAAAAGAAUGAGGCCAAACCAGCACAGUCGCUGCCUUUUGUCCGAGAGACCGUGAAGGAGAAUGAUGAACCCAAGAGAAUGCCUCCUCCUCCAGCCAGAGGCAGAAGAAAAUCUGUGGCUCCCCAAGAACUAAACAAAGGCAAUAAAAGGCUGUCUUGUGUUGUACAGCCUGCCGACAUUCAGCUCAAGAGGGGAAAGUUUGGAGAGACAACUCGACCAAACCAGAAGUUCUAUGAGAUGAUCCAAGACUUCAGAGAGACCUUGGAAAUAACUCCCUUAACCACUACUGACCACAUUGAACCUCACAAGAUCAGCGUGUGCGUUCGCAAGCGGCCCCUAAACAAACAAGAGAUUAAUAAAAAGGAGAUAGAUGUGGUGUCUGUGCCUGGAAAUGGUUCUCUGCUGGUCCAUGAGCCAAAACAGAAGGUGGACCUCACCAAGUACUUGGACAACCAAAUCUUCCACUUUGACUACUCCUUUAAUGAGAUGGCCACCAACGACCUUGUCUACAAGUUCACAGCCAAACCUUUGGUGCAGUCUGUUUUCGAAGGUGGUAUGGCAACAUGUUUUGCCUAUGGCCAGACUGGAAGUGGAAAGACUCACACAAUGGGAGGUGAUUUCGCUGGGAGGCAGCAGAACAGCGCUAAAGGAAUCUACGCCUUGGCAGCCCACGAUGUCUUCACCUAUCUGAACCACAGGAGGUAUGCUAACCUGGAUCUCUCUGCUUAUGUCAGCUUCUUUGAGAUCUACAACGGAAAAGUGUACGACCUGCUGAAUAAGAAGGCCAAGCUCCGUGUUCUGGAGGAUGACAGGCAGCUGGUUCAGGUGGUGGGCCUGGAGGAGGUCUACGUGUCCACUGCAGAAGAGGUCAUCAAGAUGAUCCAGCUGGGCAGUGCAUGCAGAACAUCAGGCCAGACCUCCGCCAACGCCAACUCGUCCCGCUCUCAUGCCAUCCUUCAGAUUGUCCUGCGGCGCAAUGACCGUGCCACCACGCUGCAUGGCAAAUUUUCACUGGUUGAUUUGGCUGGCAAUGAGCGCGGCACUGACGUCAGUAGCAACGACCGCAGCACUUUAGUGGAGACGGCCGAGAUCAAUCGCAGCCUGCUGGCUCUAAAGGAGUGUAUUCGUUCACUGGGAAUGAACAGCGAUCACAUUCCUUUCCGAAUGAGUACUUUGACCAAAGUCCUCAGGGAUUCCUUCGUUGGUGAAAAGUCCAGGACCUGCAUGAUUGCUAUGGUGUCUCCAGGCAUGACCUCAUGUGAAUACACGAUGAACACACUACGCUAUGCUGACAGGGUGAAGGAACUAAAAGGCAACACCAAGUCCAAUGGAGCAGCAAAGGCACAAGAGUCUAUAGAUAGCUCCACAGAGGAGGAAUCUGUUGAGGAUACCACUGUGUUUGAUGCCAUAACCCAGGUGGCAGAGCUGGAGGAGAAGGUUUAUGCACAGUUCCAGAUGGGCAACGAACUCUGCAAUGCAAUGGGUAAAACCUCUUACAAUAUUGAGGAAGGUCUGCCUGACCUGGUGGAUCAUGCAAAGGCAUUACUUGACACGGUUAUGGCUUUGCAGACAGCGGUGAACCAGGCAAGGCAAAGCUUCUGAGGAAAAAGACCCACCGACCCACUCACAAAAUGUUUUUAUUGUAAACGUCUGUUUUGGACCAGUUUGUUGAUUUUUACCGUGUUAAUAGCUAUAUUAAAUAAGAAUGUAUUUUAACACUACCUCAUUAAAAAUGUUAAAAAUCUUGUAAGCAGCGUGUUGUUGUUGUUGUCUAUAUUGAUGGAUGCAGCACUUUUUGCUGCAGAUGCUUUCAUGUCUUA